GACGAACAAAACAAGAUGAGGAAGUUACUUUGGUUGACUCUUUUCUGUCACGUUUCAUCAGCAGGCGUCCACAUUUUACAGAAGAUAAAUGGCUGUGAAUGGGACAAUGAGACUGAAGAAGGUAUUGGUUUUCAUCAGUAUGGUUAUGAUGGAGAAGAUAUCCUGAUUUUGGACCUGAAGACACUGACAUGGAUCGCUCUGAAACCACAGGCUGUGGUCACCAAACUGAGAUGGGACGCUGACAUGGCGAGAAUGAAAUACAAUAAGGACUUUUUAACUCGGAUUUGUCCUGAUUGGCUGAAGAAGAGUUUGGACUAUGGGAAAAGCUCUCUGCUGAGAACAGAGCGUCCCUCAGUGUCUCUCCUCCAGAAGACUCCCUCCUCUCCAGUCAGCUGCCAUGCUACAGGUUUCUUCCCUCACAGAGCUGUGAUGUUCUGGAGGAAAGAUGGAGAGAAGCUUCAUGAGGACGUGGACCAAGGAGAGAUCCUCCCCAACCAUGAUGGAACCUUCCAGAUGAGAGUUGACCUCAAUAUAUCAUCCAUCAAUCCAGAAGACUGGAGGAGGUACGACUGUGUGUUUCAGCUCUCUGGUGUUGAGGACGACAUCGUCACCAAACUGGACAAAGCCGUGAUUAGGACCAACGAAGAAAAGUCCAUUGACAUGACCAUCACCAUCGCUGUUGUGGUGACAGUGGCUGUUGCUGCCCUUGUCCUCAUUGCUGUGCCUGUUUUCCUGGUUUGGAAGAAGAACACGUGCACUGCAGCAGGAGUGGAUCAACAGCAUGUUUCUGAUCUUACAGCCCCUGACAACGGCGCUGAGCUCUCUAUGAGACUGUAUCCAGAAACCUGAGUGUCAGACACACUCAGUGAGAUGCUUCAUACGGGAAGAAAAAAGUUUCACCUGCCAGUUUUCAUGGUCUUAUGUUGCUGAUGAUGGUGUAUCAUGAUCUGGGUAUAUGUAUCUCAGUAACACCUUGAGGGAAUUCCUUCAGAUUUGGUACAAAUGUCCACUUGGACUCAAGGAUGAACCAAUUAGAUUUUCAGGGUCAAAGUUCAAGGUCACGGUGACCUCACGUUCUUGCGUAUGCAAUGUAUCAGGAACGCCCAGAGGGAACUUCAUUACAUCUGUCACAAACAUUCACUUGGACUCAGGAUGAACUGGUAAGAAUUUUGUGGUCAAAGGUCAAAGGUCAACUUUACUGUGACAAAAAUCCAGUCCUCCAAUCAUUCAUGGCUCCUACAUAUAAUUCUGUCAUUUUAUCAUUAGUAAGUGUGCACACUGAAUAUGAAAAUCGAAUACUUUGCUCUUUCUUUUGGUGACGAUGUUUUGAGUUUGAUGAGAAAAUCAAUAUGAUUGUCAACUCUGAGCAGUUAGCUCCCAGACAAGUUCAUCUUAGCUUAGUUUGUCUUAGCUUAGCUUAACGUGAAGGAGAAAAGAGCAAACCAGUAGCUCUGUUAAAUCUUCAAAGCCAGCCGACAUGUAAUCAUCUUUGCAGUGUACACAUGA